AGGCAGCACAGCACUACACAUACAAGGCACACACAUCCCAUGCUACUAGUGCUGUUGCCCUUUUGCUCCUGUUGUCUUCUCCGCUCCUGUCGUCUCCUCUCCUCCCCCCCAAAUCCCCCUCCUUUUUCUUGGUGCUGCUGCUGCUGCACGAAGCCACGAGCGCCUCGCCACCUCGGGAUCGCCUCCAAGAUCCGAUUUUGAUCUCCCCGCCGCCGACGAAUUCGUCGAGACCCGCCCUCGCCGUACCUGCCCAACGGUGCUCGAUUUGGUUGUAGCCUUCUGGUUCUGAACUCUGCUCCCCGGCUCUGGGAAUUAGUUUUCCCACGAGAACAAAUAUAUAGUUGAAGGAUUGCAGGAAUAUAACAAAACUUAAGCACUGAGCAGCAGUAUGCCUUGGACCCCUUUGUACUCGACUUAUUACAGCAGCCGAAAGUCUGUUCACCUUGCUGUGUUUUUCCGUGUGAUUGUGUGAGGCGGUCACAUUUACAGGAGAAUCCUUUUCCUUUGUGGUUCUUUGUUCUUGACGACAUUGGGUGUGUAAAAAUUGAGAAUGUAUGUUAAGGUUGAACUUAAGAGAUUCCGCAUUGUGAAGGAGGUGGGAACAAUAGUAAUGAAUGUUAGGAUCUUUGCUUAUUACCAGUUGAUGCAAGUGUGCCAGGCUGAGUACUUCCGUCAAUUGCUUAAGCCUGUCACGUAGUCCAAAUACAGGAGUCGAGAUUAGUCACUUUAUCUGCUAUUUAUCUUUCGUCUGGUAUAAAGUCGCAACAACAAAAGCAGUGCAUUCAUGAUGGCUACCUUGUGGUAGGGUGUUUAGUCUCUUGUUGUUGCGAGUCGCAAACAUAUUGUAGAAUUCUCGUUGUUUUUGGGUAGUGUAGCUACUACAUCAGAUCAGGUAGAGGUCUGUACUUAAGUGCGUUCUGUCCAGUAUCAGCCAUUGACUCAUGCAGAGGGAUCCAACAGCAUUCACUGGAAACCCUUCCUUUGCUUAUGGACAUGAAGCAGAUGGUUAUAUCGCAAAUGGACCCUUGGGUGGUCAGUGCAACUACAGGGUUCCUGUUUCACCUGCCUUUGGUGCCCCUUCAGGCAUGACCAGUCCUCAACUCCGAACCUCACUCGGUGGAUUUGAGUUUCAGCCUUCCAAGGUAUGCCCCAGAAACUUCAUCAUCUUUGAUCAAACUGAUGACAAAGGGCGCAUCAUGUGUCAUCCUGCAUUGGUGAGCAAGCUAAACCCUUCAGCCACCAAUGCUUUCCCUUCCUAUCCCGAGCCAAUUUGCAGAAGUUCCGGCCAAGAUAACGGAAACCUGGAAGAAGUUUCCUCAUCUUUCAAGGAGGAUACAAGAGAGAUUGAUGCACUGCUAAGCUCUGAUGAAGAAAGCGAUGAAGAUGAUGUCAAGAGUACUGGGCGUACUCCGGACUGCUUCGAGAGUGAUUCCCUUGAUUCAUCUUCACCACCAAGGUCUAGGAAAAUGCAUCAUUCUUCUAGCCAGAGUUCAGUCUUCCAUGGAUCCAUGGACACUGUUACUCAUGAGAGGAUGAGAAAUAUGGUCACAGUUCUUAGGGGAAUAAUCCCUGGUGGAGACCAAUUGGAUACAGCCUCUGUCAUUGAAGAAGCUGUUAGAUACCUGAAGUUUCUCAAGAUGGAGGCGAAGAAACUUGGCGUGGAGGUUUCGGAUAACUAGAACUGGCAACUGGUACAGUGGCGAUACUAAAGCUCACACAUAAAUAAAAUCUGAAGGCAUCAAUGUGUGUAUAUAUGGUCUUUGGUAAGGCCCUUAUCAUCAUUGUUACUUGAUUGACUUUGUGUGGGUGUGGAAGGUAAGGCAGGCAGCCAGCUUUUGCUUCUUUCUGCAGGCCUCAAAAGAGGUAUUGUUUGUGGGAUUCUGAUGCUUGAUGUCUGGUAGCAUGGUGUUGCUGCGCUGUGAGCUUUCCCUCCCUCAUCAUGGUGUGGCACUAUGGUUAGAUCGUCAGACGAAGUUCUGGAUGAUGCAUUAUGUUUUCAGGCUUACCUUUGCCUUUUGUGACUUAAGCACCUCAGCUCUACCUAUCCUAUGGUCAGAUCACCGUGCUUUGCUCUUUUUCAAGCUCUGCUUAUAUUUGUUGCACUACUUAAAUAAUGUACAUACUUGGCUUGUUAAAUUGUAGUAUUGUGUACCGAACAAGAUCAUGUCAUUGUGAACUAAAUUACGAUAUGAAAUAAUGUACUUUGGAUUUAUCAUACUAUUUGUCAA